AAAUGUCAUCACAGGAGUAUGAACAGCAGAUAAAAGAGAAAAAUGACAACAAAAAAUGGGACUUUAUUCAUAUGAUCCAGGUAACAGUGGGUGGGCAUCUAUCGAUAAGAAAUAUGGCACAUGCUUACCACUUCAUAAUGACACGUGUGCUGUCAUCUCAUCACAUUUCAUCAAAGACAUCAUUCAAAAGAUGGGAAUGAAAUGCCAACACUAUGAUCUUCCAUCUGUUAUAGAUAUCACUACCUGUUUCAAUGAUGGUAGUGAGGAAGGGACUCUUCUCUUGGACUUUGUUACACAUACUCUUAACUUCAGCAAAAGUGCACCUCCCAGUCUUAAAGUAGAAAUAAUGAAGUACCUGAGAGGGCCUGAAUGUAGCACAGUGAAAGAUGAAAAAAUUAUGUUUAAUAAUAACUUAGGUGCAGUUGUCAUUGAACCAUAACCAUAGAGCUACCAUCACUCAUGGCUUAUAACUAUUUGUAAUGCAUAUACACCAUAUAUGCAUAUAUAAACAUAGGCACACACACACGUGUGUGUGUGUAGGCAUGAGUGUAUGUAUGUAACAGUGCUGGAAAGCAUGUUUUUCUCUCAAAAUUUGAUUCAGACUAAAAUAUUUAUUGGAAGAUUUUGCCGGACAAUGCUACAAUAUUAUUUUCUUAUUUCUAUAUGGCAAAAAAGAAAAAGAAAACCCAACUGGGAGUGGGGGUAUUCAAUUCAAAACCUGCACUUCCUUUUUAUGUAUAGGGCAUUUUCUGCAAGAUCUAACAACUAAUUUACUUUAUUUAAUGAUUUUUUUAAAUUUUUCUGCGAUGCUGCAAGUUUUAUUUCAGGAUGCUAUUUAAAUUCCUGAGAUUAUACUAAUAAUUAACACUGAUUAAAAAGAAAAACAUCAGGGGAACUAAAAAAAUGAACUAGGCCAUCUGGAAAGAGCUUAACAAAAAAAUGCAUGCUAGAGCUUCAGAUUUCAUAGGACACUACUUUCCUUUUUUUUUUUUUUUUUGUCAGCUAGAGUAUUUGAGAAAAUUUGAAGUGAAAUACUCCAUUGUGUCAUAUUUACAAAAAAAUGGAAUGCAUUCACAUAUAAUUGACAUAAAUAUGCCAACUCUGAGAUCACCAUACAUUGACAAAAAGGGAUUAUUCCAAGAAAUGGUAAUCUUAGACUUAAUAUAUUUAAACUUAGAUUUUCAGACAUUUAGUCUCCACAUUCCAGGAAUCAGCUUUUCUAGUACCAACAUUUAUAACUAUUACCUAGUUGCAUAGUUAUAAUCUGUAGUUUCCCAAAACAGAUUUUGUGCCAUAUUAAAAGUUACAAACCCUAGAACUCCCAUUAUUUUCAGGAUUCUGAAAAUACAUAAGAAUCUUGAGGCUCUGCCCAUCAUCCAACGGUGGACACAAUCUUCUAAAACUUUUACUAUAGCCAGAUUCAUUGAUUAUAAAUUAAAGGAAGUGAGUGGAAAUAUUUUACAUUUAUACAAAGAUUCAUGAGAUUUUUUAACAAGAAUUUCUGAAGCCCAUUAUAAUGAUAGCCUGAUUUUCAUUACUACUGAUGUCGUGUUUUUUUUUCUGUCACUCCCCAUAACACUUUAUUGAAAUGGUUUUAUGAUUUUUGGUGUGACUAUAGUUCAUUUGACAACAAUAUGAUUAAAGUUUUGAGGGACUUGA